AUGUCUCAUUCCGGCCGUUUGCAUGGCAAAACGGCCAUCGUUACCGGCGCUGGCAUGGGCCUUGGUGAAGGCAUUACGAAAAAGUUUGUCGACGAAGGUGCCAAUGUAUUGCUCUUCGAGAUCUCCCAAGAACAUGGCCAGAAGGUGGCCGACGGCUUGCCGAAGGACAAAGCAAUGUUCUACAAGGGCGAUGUUACAAACCUCGAGCACUGGGAAGCAGCAUUAAAGCAAUGUCAGGAUAAGUGGGGUGGCCUUGAUAUCGUGGUGAACAAUGCGGGUGUGGUGCAUCGGGCUGGCCCUUCCAAUGAAGUUCCGCGGUCAGAGUACGACCGUAUCAUGUCGAUCAAUGUCUCGCCGCUCUAUCAGUCCGCGAAGGCUAUCCAGCCCUACUUCGCUAAGCAAAAGCAUGGCGUAUACGUCAACGUCAGUUCAAUCAGCGCUCCGAGACCCCGCCCUAACCUCGUCUGGUAUGCAGGCUCGAAGGGCGCCGUGUCAGCAAUUACGAAAGGUUUGGCAGCAGAGUUCGCCAAAGACGGAGUGCGUUGCAAUGCUAUUUGCCCAGUUAUAGCGGAUACAUCCAUGGUCGUCAACGUGCUGGGAGGGACUGAUACGCCGGAAGGGAGGGCUGUGGUCAUGAAGGGAAUACCGCUGGGAAGGUAUGCCACACCGAGGGACAUUGGGAAUGCGGCUGCUUUUCUGGCGAGCGAUGAGGCAGACUUUAUCACAGGUAUAGAACUACCUGUGGAUGGUGGGAGGGCGUUGAACUAG